UCAACCAUACACAGAACUGGUAUAGGCAUGUAAUAUCCGCAUUCUUGCUUUUUAAGAAAAAGUGGUUUAACUAGUUGCCUGUCCCACCAAGCAGAGUGACGCCCAAUUGUACAAAUGGGGGAAAUUGACAGUCGGACAUCUGGAGAAACUUAUUCUGAAUUACACCACACAAUGAACAAGAGCAGGAAUCUCAGACAUAUUGUGCUCUAGUUUACAAUGAACAGGAGCCUCUAGCAGAGCAAAUAGCUCGACUACUUAAGUGCAGAAGACAUUCUCAGAAUGGAAUCUCAUGGAUCUCCACUGUACCCCUGCCAGUCACAAAUGAGCGGUGUGGAGAAAGCGCCCGGUGGCUGGCAUAAGCCCACUCAUUCCAGAAGCAGCAGCACAGCAUCCUCCCGCCCCUCACGGCUGAACAUAAAAGACUGGGAAGUAAUGGACUACUUUCCAGCUGAUAUGAAUCUCACUGGAGAGAGCAUGCAGGAUGCAAAUCCUCCAGGAAUCUGUGAAGGCUACAUGAUGAAGAGGAGAAAGUGGCCUCUUAAAGGCUGGCACAAGAGAUACUUUGUCUUGGAUAAAGGGAUUUUACGAUAUUCAAAGAACCAACAUGAUUUUUCCAGAGGGAAAAUGCACGGUUCACUGGAUGUCAGUCUUGCAGUUAUGUCAGUAAACAAAAAAGCAAGACGCAUAGAUCUGGAUGCUGGAGACAAUCUCUAUCACAUGAAAGCCAAGAGUCAGGAUUUGUAUUAUAUAUGGGUCACUAAGCUGAGUGCCCAUAGGAUGUAUAAGAAGAAUGAGGCUGCACACCUUCACAAUGGCUUCCUCCAGGCCCUGUCCCAAGGCGGUCAUUUAUCUCAGAAAAACAGUGCCAUGCAGGACAUGAGCACGACAGUGUCUUACUUGGGUGAAACUCAGAGUGCAAAUUUGCCAUGUGUCAAUCCUGCCAUUAAUGGGAAAGUGUCAGCCUGGCUACAGCAAACCCAAGAGCCUGACAUCUGUGCCCAAGAACUUAACCGUUGUCAAAUGGAACUUAAUGAGCUGCACCGGAUGGUCCAAAAGCUGCACUCUUUAGAGCCAGGCCAAACAGUUAAUAAUGGGGACCUUCAGAGGAUUAUCAGUAUGCAGAAUCUUACUCUUGACAAGCCCAAGAAGAAGUCUGGCAAGAUUUGGGGUCAUUCCCGCACACUCUCUCGAGUUGAGGCUCUAGGAAUGCCAUUUCGUGGGAUUACUAAAUCGUUAUCAUCAAGCCAUCUGAACAGCUCUUCCCACCUGGGAACCUCCGUGCCCUCCAUCCCAGAUUACGUCAGUGCCCAGCUCAACCCACCAGCCUCCACAUCCUCAGAAUGCAAGAAGCUCCAGCAGGACAUCAGCUCCAUGUCCCUGAGAGUUCAUGCGUCUCUGCGUUCUGCUCAUGAGGCUCUUGCUCAGGAGCGCCAGCGGCUGCAUGAUGCCUGGUCCAGCAGGGAGCUCCGCCAGAUCACCUCUGCCCAGAUCAACAACCUCUGCAGCCUGGCUGAGUUAGAUGUUGAGUCCCGACACAUCAAAAUCCACAAACUGUCUGUCUCCUCCAACUCUUCUGAAGAGUCCUACCGUACUGUGGUACAAAGAAAGUCUGUCUCAGGCCAUAGUUCGCCUCUUCGUCCACCCUCGGUGGCUGACUCAGCAGCGGAGUAUUUCGAUGCAUGUGAUGAGCCCAUGUGUGCGAGUUCUUCCGAGCUGUCUGACGAGUCCGGCCUGAGUGAUGGAUCCAGUAAUUCAGAACCUGAUGAGACUCAUGCAUUGGCUUCACGCAAAUACCGUGACAGCCUUUCAAAGGCACCACCAAAACUGCCCACCAUUAAGAACACCGGCCGUCGUACUAGUCUGCCUGCAAUCUGCCCUGACAACAGCCAUGUUGGCUUAAUGACUAUCCUCUACAACAACAUAGGGAAAGACCUGUCUCGUGUCUCCAUGCCAGCAGCUCUGAAUGAACCUGUGUGCUUGCUGCAGAGACUCUGUGAGGAGCUGGAAUACUCUGACCUACUGGACACAGCUAACCAUACUGAUGACCCCUAUCAGAGGAUGGUUUAUAUUGCUGCUUUUGCCAUAUCUGGCUAUGCCACGGCUCAAUAUCGCAACCGUUACAAACCCUUUAAUCCAGUGCUGGGAGAGACAUUUGAGUGUAUCAGAGAAGACAGAGGCUUCCGCUACAUUAGUGAGCAGGUGUCUCAUCAUCCACCCAUAUCUGCCUGCCAUGCAGAAUCAGACAAUUUCAACUUCUGGCAGGACCAGAGAUGGAAGAACAAGUUUUGGGGCAAGUCAUUGGAGAUCAUUCCAACAGGGAUGGUUAAUGUGACUCUUAAAAAGUACGGUGACCACUAUGAAUGGAACAAAGUGGUGACGUGCAUCCACAAUGUCCUUAGUCAGCAGCGAUACCUUGAGCACUAUGGUGAGGUCAUUAUCCGCAACUUGAAGAGUUCGGUCUGCACCUGUAAGAUCGUAUUUGUUAAGUCUCGUUACUGGGGUUCAGAUGGGACCAAAAAUGAAGUUCAGGGUCAAGUUCUUGAUGAGACUGGUAAUGUUAUCCACCGAUUUGGUGGAUUUUGGCAUGAAGGAAUCUUCUGUGACACCCUGCCCAAUCCACAGUGCAUAUGGAAGCCAAAUUCACAGCCCAAGAACUACCUGCUUUACUAUGGCUUCUCUAGCUUUGCUAUGGAGAUGAAUGAGCUGACCUCUGACCUUAAGCCACUGCUGCCCCCUACAGAUACCCGCUUGCGCCCUGACCAAAGGUUACUUGAGGAAGGGAAAAUAGAGGAGACUGAUAAAAAGAAGGAUGAAGUGGAAGAAAAUCAAAGAGAAAGAAGAAAAAUUCUGGCCAAGAGAGGAGAGGAACACAUCCCUCGCUUCUUCAGGAAAACCUUGGAUGGUGCGGGAAGGGAAGUAUGGCUGUACAAUGGAACGUAUUGGAAGAUCAGGGAGAAUCCUGGAUUUUCCAAUGUUAAAAACCUGGAAUUGUGGUGAAGAAGGCAGAUUGCAGCAACACUGUGGACGUUAAGUACUUGUGGCAAAUUGUGCAUGCACACUUGUUUUUUAAAAGACUACAUAAAAUUGAAAUUUUGGGAGCAAAGAUGAAUUGCCCAGUUUUCAUACCAAAUUGAAUCCACUGAGCAAGGAUGGUGCUUUUACCCUAAAGCAACUGGUGAUAUACAUUUUGAACAUUUCUAUGUAUUUCAUGGUUGAGGACACAGAAACUUGUAGACAAUCUGACCUCGUCUUCCACUUUGGAUAAUAUAAGCCAAAAGGUAAACGGGAGAUGUAUGUGAGUUCUAGACAUAUGUUUAGUUAACCAAUCUUGAAUCUUAUUACACAUACACAUAUCUAUGGACUAUGUUAAAUUAUUUAUCAGCUCCUUUAAGUACUUAUUUGCCAGCGGAUACAAGCAUAAUAGUUCCCUCAAUGGAGACUGGAUAAAAAAGGUGAAUGUGAAUUAUUGUACCUAAAUGUAAUAUUCAGAGUUGUUGUUAAUGGAUUUAAUCAUGAGAUUUACUUUAGGUGGAGUCUCCAGUUUAUAAAUGGACAAUUAUUUCCUCUGCAAAGCCAUGGCUCAACCUGAGAAGGAUUUAGCAGUAAAUGGAUUAAUUCUAAUUUGGGCCCUCAUUGACUCGUACUAAAAGUGAUUGCUGAAAUGUGUCCUCAUCACUCUUAUAUGGCAGGUCUUUAAAAAUAAAUAAAUAAAGUAAAUGGCAUAUUUUUAGUUUAGACCAUGAAAUUAUAUGUAUUGGCAUUUAAGUAUGAAUUAAACUGACUUUUUAAAUCCUAAAUAUGAGCUGUGAAAUCAGAAAUGACCCUUUUAUGUAGACUUGGCAGACAUAUUUACAACAUUCAAUGUACAAAUGUGCAAUUAAUAAACUUUCAGUCAAAGGUCAUGACUUGCAUAGCUAUUUAAAACAGCAGUUAAAGGUGCACUCAGUAACUUUUUUCUUUGUGUCAUCUUGGUGGAUUGGUGACACACUGACACCUAGCGGCCUGGAUGCAGCUUCAUUUAAAAUCAAUAGUUUUCAAUCUCAGAUGCCAUUGUAGAAAUUUAGUUUUCACAGUCAGCCAUGAUUACUUUAAUCAAUGAGUGAAAGUGUUAAAUAACAGGACAAUUACUGAGAUUAAGCGAGUAGUAUUCAGCUGGUCAUGUGAUUCUAACAUGGCAGCCCAAAUGAGGGGACCCUCUCCAUGUAGAAUAAAACAGCUUUUAUAUGGUUACUUUUAUGAUUGAAUUCUUCAUUUUAAUGUGAGUGGUCAUGAUUUACUACAUAUAUUGCAAAAUUACAAUUAAUGUCUUUAGGUGUUUAACUUUUUUAAUGAGGAAAAAAAAAUGACUGAGUGCACCUUUAAAUGCACAAUAUGAAAGAAAGGGAAAAGAAGGAAUUUAGAAUAGUUCAGUCUUUAUUACAUUUAGAAUUAAUCAAAAAACAUCAUUUAUUAUUAUACACAGUAUUUCGCCAGCGUUCCUGCUGUGUCUGAGACUCAGGGCGCUUGGUGGAAGAAACUCACGUUUAUCUUGAUUCACUACAGAGCACCUUUUAAAUUAUUAUUCAUUUUAUUUUAUUUUAUUAUUAUAAUUAUUACUGUUAUUUGUUGCUUUUAACCCAACAGAAAUAUAUACAAAUCUAAUAUCAGAUGAUGUCAGAGAGAACACAUUAUAAUUAUGUUCCAUAAAAGACCUGCCAUUGACAAUUUUGAGGAUGUGGGGGUAUAAUGUCCACCAGGGGUCAGUCAAAACAUGGAUUGAUUGCAAAUAUGACAACAGACAAUUCGUUCAGAGUAUUUUCAGUACACAUCAAAAGUCACAAAAAGUUUUAGGGCUCCUUCAAGUGUAAAAAACAGAAACCAAACAUGAACAUUAAUUACAAACCUUUUAAAUGAACAUGGAAACACUCUUUAAUUGCACUUUAAAAUACAUCUCAGUCAGUUAAAUAAGAUUGUUGCUAUCUCUUGUAGCCAUGUUUUUGUUGGUAUUUUACAGUUUAAUAUCCUAAUAACUAAUCUUACUAAACCAACAAACAAAACAAUUUCUUUAAAUUAUUACAUUUGUAGAAUAUUAAAAAGGUUCCCUGUAUUUGAAUCACCUGUUAACUUGUACCUAUUUGUUAUGUUAAAUAAUCUACACAUACUUGGCCUAAGUGUGAUCUCUGGCCAUGGCUUUUUAAUCCAAUAAUGGCAUUGUAAAAUAAUGCAGUGUGAUUGCCUCUAAAUAAUAUUACACUUACUGUAUUUCAUUUGGUUUUGCAUCUAAAUACAUAUAUUAAGGAUAGAAAGAGGCAGUUAGAGUCAGUUUGUUGACUUCUUAAAAGCUGUGACCACAGAAACCAUGUUGGUUUUUGCACAUUGCAAUUUCUCUAAAACUUCUAUAAACACAUUGAUGGGUCAAACAAACUUUCAUACGUUUUAACAAAGAGUCAUAUUUAUAAUUGUCUUAUUUUACAAGUAUUGUGAUAGAGUUCAAGUUUGAACAGGGGGCACAGACCAUUUUAACUUUACAUCCUUAAAACCUUUCUCAUCACCACCCUGCAUAUGUGUAUGUCCGUGUACCUGUGCAUACAUGUGUGUGUGAUCUGAAAUAAUCUGUUAUCGGAAAACCAAUACAUUUUGAGUUUGGAUGUUUUGCAGGACCUCUCAGGUUUUCUGCAGUGGAGUUUUGUCACCCACUGGUCUGUCUGAGGUCAUUCUUACCUUUGAAUGCCUGCAGUCCCUGAUAGGCUAAGACUGAGGGCUCAUUCUUCCUCUGUGUCAUUGACAUCUGUGUGUGGGCUGUCUGAAUGUUACUCUGUUGUUUAAAUAAAGAUGAUGUAUAGUCAGUCUGAA